CAGUGCUCUGCCGCGCCAUUCACUCAAACGCGACCCACAGACAUGCAAAAACGGUCCUAAAAGGGUCAGAGGCUCUCCCUCCCUCCCUCUAUCUGUCUGUCAUUUCGUCUGUCUGUCUGUCUGUCUUUGGCAUCUCCGCUGAUCAUGUCAGGCGUUCCGACGCACACACACACACACACACAGAAACAAACAAGCGGCGACUCGGUCGCGUAGAUGGUUGACCGUACGAUGCUUCAUACACGCAUUCAUGCGGCCAGCCAUGCAGUGGUCUCGUUCAAUUCAGUACUGUACACAGGCCACCACAGCGUGAUGCUCUUCUGCGGUCGGUAUUCCGUCCCGCACACACACCGGCAUCAGCCGACGACAAGCAGACACUCAUCAUCACGUCCAUCGAUCUGUCUACCAGCAUCACUUGUAAGGCACGAUCACAUCUGCUAUGUCGGAUGAGCAGACGGGGCACUUCCACGACAGCCGCUGCUGGUUGGGGGGACCCAAGUACUUCUUGAGCUCGUUGGCACAGCCUGAUCCAUCCAGCCGUAUCAGACACAGGUGGAGAGAGACAGAGGGGGAGGGAGAGAGACAUCAUGAUGGUGUGGUGCGCGCCGCUCUCUCGUGUGUAGGGGGUGACGUGUUCUCACCCACCCUGGCAGACGCACUGAUGUCUGCAGGGGAUGAAAACAACCUCCUUGGCCUGAUCCACACCCACACACAUACACAGAGCGAUUGCGUCCACCUCUCUGUGGUUGGCACGGUGAUGUGAGUCGUUGAGUCACCUUGUCCUGCACACACACACAUACGCACACAUACACGGCCAGCAAUAGACGAGUGUUGUGGCUGGCCGACGGACUGACCAUGCAGAUGAUGCAUUUGUCGUCUCCCUCGAGCUUGCUGAUGAUCGUAUCCGUCACCAUGGCCACCUCGCCCUCCUUGUCACGCUUCAGCUGCUUCAACUCAUCCACAGGCAACCCUGCGCACAUCACACACACCACACAUACAGAGGUGGGUGCACUCUCCAUGUGUGAGUGGGUGGGCCGGUGGCUGACCUUCGAUGGUCUUUCUGUCAAGCGGCCUGGAGGGAUCCUUCUUGGCCUUCUCGAGCUCCUCCUUCAGCUCCUGUAUCUGCUUCUCUAGCCGUCCGCGCUCGUCAGAUGCCGCCUCGCGAUCCAGCUCCUGGUUGGCGCUCCUGGUCUCAGACCUGGUGGACAGACGACGGAGAGAACCACACACACACACGCACAAUGGAUGUGAUGUUGUGUGGGCUCCGUGAUGAGUGUGUGUGGUUGGGUGUAUACUCACUCGACGAGUGAGUUGACGAGCUGUCUGACGGCCUCGAUGAAGCCGUUGAACUCUGCCGUCUUGGCGCGGCUGCCGGCCUCUGAACACACACACACACACAGGCAGGGAUGGGUGUGGCCAUUUGGCUGUGACGUGCUUGCUGAUGGUUUGCGCACACACGUUGUUUGAUGACGGUAAUGAGUUUGUCGAAGUCGUCUGACGUGCCGAAGAACGACGUUGGCGGAGAUUGUGAACGGCCCAUCUCAUAGUCCUGCAGGCAGACAGGCAGGCAGACAGGCAGGAAGCGGGCACAUGAGAUGCUGAAAGAAGACCAUUGUGAAAGUGUAAGUGCAUUUGUGAGGAGCAUGCCUCGAAUCUGAUCUCCUCAGGCGACUGCAGACACCGCACACCGCACCAACACAUACAUGCAUGACGCUAACAGCCUCUCACUGUGUGCCCUGGUGUGAGUGCUCCCUCCCUCCCUCCCUCCCUCAUCUCACCUUGACGGCGUAUUCCUUCUGUGCGAUGAUGUGCCUGUGGAACUGGCUCAUGGUGGGCGCGGGCGGCUCAUGGGGGAAGCGGAACUGCUCCUCGUACUGCUGGAAAGGAAAGGGGCUGCCCUUCACCACCUCACCAUCAAACAUCCCACCUUCAGACAUAAACAUACAACCAACCAUCGGAACAAAGCAGAGAUGGUCCGUUUCGUCCGUGUGUGUGCCUGACUUACCAACAUGGACACAUUCCGAUGCACUUCGCCGGUCGACGCGGCCGAGCAGCGCCGCCUGCGCCUUGUCGACGGCGCGCUUGCGGAUCGCAGCUGCAUGCACGAGACGGCAUUCAUGGACGAAGGCUAAGUGGGAGGAUGGUGCUCUAGUUGUCUCACCCUGGUCGACUUCGCGUCGGCCGUUGCUGGUGGAUGUGGUGAAGACGCUGCUACUCCCGGUGGAAGGACCUGACCGCCACACACACGAGAAGGUGAGACGCAGUACUGAGGCUUCUUGUCUGCCUGAUUUCAUGGGCUACCCAUAGAGACAGGCUCCAUCGGCCGGUCGGCGUUGGUCAGCACUCGAACCCGCAGAUACCCUCCUAGCCCCCCACCCAUCCCGCCGGCCUCCAUCAUACCGACGCCACCGCCACUACUGCCGCUAUUACCAAAAAUCGGCACAGGCGCCCCUUCACCAAACAAACCUCCACUCACGCGCAGCGAGCCAAACAGCCCCCCUCCCUGCGAGCCACCCGCUGGAGCAGCGGCCGCUGCAGGGGCGGCACCAAAAAUGGAUUGAGAUGACGACGCACUGCUGGCCUGUCCGAAAUUGGGUGUCGGCGGGCCAGCGGGGAAGGCAGAGGAGUCCGCCGCGCCGCCCGUGGUGCUGCCAGUGGAGAAGAGACCGCUCCCUCUGCUCGCGAAGAUGGGGGUGGUAAUGGGGCUUGUGCUGCCGAAGAGACCACCACCACUGGCGUUGGUGUUGGCGAAGAUGCUGCCGGUGCUGCCCGCCUGUGAGCUGGCGACCAGACCACCUGUGCUGCCGAACAGACCCCCACCACCAGAGCUACUGCCGCCAAAGAGACCCCCGCCACUGCUGGUGCUGCCGAAGAGGCCUCCUGCGUUCGGGCCACUGCUGGCGCUGCUGCUGGUCGUCGCACCGAACAGUCCGGGGAAGGCCGUGGGAUUGGUCUGUGCGGGGACGGGUGGGAAGGGCGGCGCACUCGGCUGAGGGAAGACGGCCGCGGCAGUUUGGCCGAAGACCGGGAGAGCAGACUGAGCCGUGCUGCUAGUUCCCGAUGCACCGGUCUGGAACAGGCCUGAAACGGAUACAUCCGACGACGUAACCAGAGAUCACCGGACGGAGUGUGGGUGCCUGGUGGGAUGGACCAGUGCUCACCUCCGAAUAUUGACGCCGUUGAUCCACCAGCCGCCGCAGCAGCGGGUGGAGGGGUUCCAGCGCCGAAGAGUGACUGUGCCGCAGGUGCGCCAAACAGGGAGCCACUCGUGCCGGCGCCCGAGCUGACACCUGCACCCUCGCUGCGCCGUCCUGACAUGACCCUCACGCACUGCAAUGACACAGCAGAACACGACGGAAACUCAGACAAGUGUGCUGGCUGAGACGGCAGGGCGGAAAAGGAGUUACGUUUCUCUGCUCUGCUGGCUGACGCCUGUCAGUCACUCAGGUUGUGUGAGAUGUCGUCCACUGCGACAGCAGCCAGAGGACAAUCAGGAAGCCGAAGAUGAAGAUGAUGGCGGCGAGAGGCGACACCGGGAGACCAUGCUCCGCGUACGAGCCGCCUUCGCUGAACACCUGACCAGCCAGCCAUACCAGACACAGAGGCGAAUGUUGCAGCAAAUCAAUGCCUCAAUGCAAGCUCUUGCCUCACUUGGAAGCCAAUGCGGCGUUUGACGUUCGGCCUGAUGCCGCGAGGAUCCUCGUCUUCUCUGUUGUCGUCCGCCAUUAGAAUUUGCCCCGUGCCGCCUAGGGUGC